ACCCUAAUCGAGCGCGAAAGGAACGGAACGGCGCAGCCGCGGCGGCGGCGGCGGCUCAUGUAAGCUCCCCACCAGCGACCAGUGGACACGUAUAUCCAUCUCCCCUCGCACAGUCGCAACUCGCACGCAUCCGUCCUCGGCCUCGUUCCGUCCGCCAGCAAUGCCGCUGGCGCUCGCGCAACUGCAGGACUUGCGGGACCGCAUCUCCGACCGCCUCCGCCCAUGGAGCCGCUCCGCGCAGUUCUGGGUCCGCGCCGCGGACAUCUACACCAGCUACAAGGUGUGCCAGCUGCGCGCGGGGUUCGUGAAGGACGAGGACGAGCUAGAGACCAUGUGGGAGCGGCAGCACGAGCUCGGCGCGGAGAAGAUGUACUCCCUCUGCUCCGAGCUCGGCGGUCUCUUCCUCAAGGUGGAUUUUGAACAGGCUGCUCAAAUUCUGGGAAAACCUGACCUGGCACCGAUGGCUUGGGUGAAGAGACUUGUUACGCUGUGUGAUCAAGCCCCAUCCACGCCAUUUGAUGUGGUUAGAGAUGUUGUGGAGAAACAGUUGGGGAAGAACUUCGAUGACAUGUUUGAAUUCUUCGAUGUCGAGCCUGUUGGGUCUGCUUCUAUUGCACAGGUGCAUCGAGCAAGGCUUAAAUUAUCAAAGACAGACGUUGCUGUCAAGGUUCAACAUCCAGGAGCCGAACAACUGAUGAUGGUUGAUAUUCGGAAUAUGCAAGCAAUGGCCUUGUUUUUGCAGAAGCAUGACCUCAACUUUGAUCUAUUCUCUGCCACCAAAGAGAUGGAAAAACAGAUAUGUUAUGAGUUUGACUUUGUGCGUGAAGCAAGAGCAAUGGAAAGAAUACGAGAAUUUCUACGUGUCACUAAUAAGAAACCUCCGGUUAUGGUGCCUCGUGUGAUUCCUGGGAUGGUUAGCAGAGAAGUUUUGAUAAUGGAAUUUAUCAAGGGGACCCCAAUAAUGAAUCUUGGCAAUGAAAUGGCUAAAAGGGGCAUAGAUCCUGGUGGUAAGAUUGCAGCAAUGGCAAAGCAGAAGAUUUUGUCAGAUCUUACUCUUGCAUAUGGUCAAAUGAUCUUGAAGGAUGGCUUUUUCCAUGCAGAUCCACACCCAGGAAACAUCCUUAUCUGCAAGGACACAGAGGUGGCUUUACUUGAUUAUGGACAAGUGAAAGAAAUGCCAGAAGAUUUACGGCUGGCUUAUGCAAAUCUUGUAGUUGCAAUGGCCGAUGAUGAUUUCUCGAGGGCUGAGGAAAGUUUCAGGGAGCUGGGUAUCCGAACAUGGGCCAUAACUGAUAACAAACUAGAAGAAUUGUUUCAGUUAUCCCUGCGAAUGUUCGAUACAAGAUUACCACCAGGUGUAACUGUUAUGUCACCUUUUGCCGAUGAUUCUUCGCUUAACAAAAUUGGAGUGGAGAGCUUCCCGGAGGAGCUAUUUUCAGUGCUUCGAACAAUCCAGCUUUUGCGAGGGUUGACUGUGGGCAUGGGCCUUACAUUCUCGUGCGCCCAGCAUUGGAGACCGAUAGCUGAGGAGGCGUUGUUAAAAGCUGGAAGACAAAGCGCUUCAAAAUCAAGAAAACAGAAGAGGAGUUUUCUGAGGAGAUUGUUUUGGUGAAGUAGGCAUUUAGCCGCAUAGCGAACAUCAAAGGACAUGGUAUACGAACAUUCUGUGAUGAAACGGAAGUAGCCAAAAGCUCGAGCCUUCGAUUUUUAGACAGUACAUCUGUCCAUAUUCGUUUACCUUGGGUGCGUGUUAUUUUAUAUAUUUGCUCAUUCCUUUAUCACUAUGUGUUUUUUGGGAUUCAGUAUAUAGUUGGGAUUGUAUCGGAAGCUGACAUGUACACAAGUGACAUGGACCAAUUCAAAGGAAAUCAUCGUGGUAUGUGGGGGUUU